UUCGACAUCGGUACCUUCUUUUUCCUAAUUCCACCGGCUAUCCCCAGUCACCCGGUUGUCUUCAAAACCUUCAAAAGCUAGACAUAAAACAAAAAUCUAAAUUUUAUUCACCCCCUAUUGUUAUCAUCUUUCUCCUGUUUUCCAUCUCUCCGGUUUCAAACUCCACCCACUUAAACCGGAGCCCUAUAUGAUCUGCUUCCAUUGUUAAUGAAGAAAGAAAGCAGCGAGCUGACGGAGAUCUCACCGGUCGGUGACCAGAUCUCGACUUCGUUCCCGUUCUCGGCCGGCGGAUUGUUCGAUCAGUUCGCGAUCAAUGGAGGCGCCGGAGAGAGGAGCUCGUCGCUGGGAUUCUUGGAGAUGCUCGGGAUCCAAGAUUUAACUUCUCACUCCCUCUUUGAUUACCUCCCACCUCCUACACCGGUGAGCUUACCGCCGGAAUCCUCCGAGGUGGUCAACUUACCGGCCACUCCCAAUGAAUCAUCGGUCUCUUCGUCGUCCACGGAAGCUCCGAACGAGCAAUCCGGCUGCGCUGCACCGGCUAGCGAUGUGGAUGCUGAUUUGGAUAAGGAGAAGAAAUUAGAAACACCUAAAGGAGGGAAGAAGAAGGGGCAAAAACGUAAAAGGGAACCGAGGAUCGCGUUCUUGACGAAGAGCGAGGUGGAUCACCUCGAAGACGGUUACCGAUGGCGCAAGUACGGCCAGAAGGCCGUCAAGAAUAGCCCCUUCCCUAGGAGCUACUACCGGUGCACCACCGCCAUGUGCGGAGUAAAGAAACGGGUGGAGAGAUCCUCAAAGGAUCCGACCAUCGUCGUCACCACCUACGAGGGACAGCACACCCACCAUAGCCCCGUCGUGCCACGUGGCAGCAACAUGAUGCAUCGUGCCCCGCCUACCGCGGGGUACCAUUUCGGUGUUCCGCAGGUGCAGCAGCUCAGAGACCUGCACCUGCCCUUCUUCGACUCCUACUUGCCCCCGCCGUCUCAGCCUCCUCAACCACUUGUUGAUUUCCGCCACAUGCCGCAAAUCGAUCGGAGAUACUGCACUGCUCCUGCUACUACUACGACGAUGACGGCCGCUGGUGUUUCCAUCCGAGAUCACGGGCUUCUUCAGGACCUAAUCCCAUCGCAGAUUCGGAAAGUAGAGGAUGCGAGCUAGAACCCCUUAUGACGAAUUAACUCCUUAUUUUUGGGUAUGUCGAAUUAAUGUUAAUUCCCCGUAUUAAGUUACUUAUUUCUUGAUAUCGAUCGAGGAUUUCUAUUUCUUCUGCUGCUAAAUUAACAUCAUUAAUGGAGAAUCAAGACGGUCCCCAUUUAUGAGCUAAGAUGCUUGUUAUAACCAAGCAACAAUGUACUGAUAUUCUCACUACUAUGUAUAAUUAUUACUAGCUGGCUAGCUAGUGAAUUGAUCUUCUGAGUUUUUAUUAUUA